UCCUUGUCAUCAGAUAGUAGAUGCGUCUUCCCUUCACCGUCUUGUGCACCCCCCUUUCCCCAGCCUCAUUCAUGUCUCUGGAAUUGCACCAGCCAAAGAAUAAAUGUGCAUCCUUUUUAAUCUCCCCAGCAGCGUCCAUCUCCAAGAGAGUAUGAAGAGAGUGCAUCUGUAGGGCAGGGAAGAUGGCGGACAAGCGCAAACUCCAAGGUGAGAUUGAUCGCUGCCUCAAGAAGGUGUCCGAGGGCGUCGAGCAGUUUGAAGAUAUUUGGCAGAAGCUCCACAAUGCAGCCAACGCGAACCAGAAAGAAAAGUAUGAGGCUGACCUAAAGAAGGAGAUUAAGAAGCUUCAACGGCUGAGGGACCAGAUCAAGACAUGGGUAGCGUCCAACGAGAUCAAGGACAAGAGGCAGCUCAUAGAGAACCGCAAGCUCAUUGAAACGCAAAUGGAGCGGUUCAAAGUCGUGGAGCGAGAGACCAAAACCAAAGCCUACAGCAAGGAGGGCCUGGGCCUGGCGCAGAAGGUGGACCCCGCCCAGAAGGAGAAGGAGGAGGUUGGCCAGUGGCUCACGAACACGAUCGACACUCUAAACAUGCAGGUGGACCAGUUUGAGAGUGAAGUGGAGUCCCUGUCGGUGCAGACACGCAAGAAGAAAGGCGACAAGGAUCAGAAGCAGGACCGGAUUGAGGGCCUGAAGCGGCACAUCGAGAAGCACCGCUACCAUGUGCGCAUGCUGGAGACCAUCCUGCGCAUGCUGGACAACGACUCCAUCCUGGUGGAUGCCAUCCGGAAGAUCAAGGACGACGUCGAGUACUACGUCGACUCCUCCCAGGACCCAGACUUCGAGGAGAACGAGUUCCUCUACGACGACCUGGACCUCGAGGACAUUCCACAGGCGCUGGUCGCCACCUCCCCCCCCAGCCACAGUCACAUGGAGGAUGAGAUCUUCAACCAGUCGAGCAGCACACCCACCUCCACCACCUCCAGCUCUCCCAUCCCACCGAGCCCGGCCAACUGCACCACGGAAAACUCUGAAGACGACAAGAAGAGGGGACGCUCAACGGAUAGUGAAGUUAGCCAGUCUCCUGCCAAAAACGGCUCCAAGCCCAUCCACAGCAGCCAGCACCCUCAGUCCCCAGCUGUGCCGCCCAGCUACUCGUCUGGCCCCUCGCCUGCCGCCUCUGCCCUGAGCACCGCCCCUGGCAAUAAUGGGGCCCCCACCCCAGCAGCACCCCCAAGUGCCCUGGGCCCCAAGGCCAGCCCAGCCCCUGGCCACAACUCGGGCACCCCUGCCCCCUAUGCCCAGGCUGUGGCCCCACCGGCCUCCAGUGGGCCCAGCGCCAACCAGCCCCGGCCCCCCAGCGUCCAGCCUGGUGGCGGAGGCAGCGGAGGCAGCAGCAGCAGUAAUAGCAGUGGAGGUGCCGGUGCUGGCAAGCAGAACGGUGCCACCAGUUACAGCUCGGUCGUGGCUGACAGCCCAGCAGAGGUGGCUCUCGGCAGCAGUGGGGGCAGCAAUGCCAGCAGCCAGGCUCUGGGCCCCCCGUCUGGCCCCCACAACCCACCCCCCAGUACCUCGAAGGAACCCAGCGCAGCUGCCCCAGCGGGCACUGGGGGCGUGGCCCCAGGCUCAGGGAACAAUGCUGGGGGACCCAGCCUCCUGGUGCCACUUCCUGUGAACCCUCCCAGUUCCCCAACGCCCAGCUUCAGCGAUGCCAAGGCAGCUGGCACCCUGCUCAACGGACCCCCCCAGUUCAGUGCUGCCCCGGAGAUCAAGGCUCCUGAGCCCCUGAGCUCGCUGAAGUCCAUGGCAGAGCGGGCAGCCCUCAGCUCCGCCAUCGAGGACCCUGUGCCAACGCUGCACCUGACUGAGCGAGACAUCAUCCUGAGCAGCACAGCAGCACCUCCAGCCUCAGCCCAGCCGCCCCUACAGCUGUCAGAGGUGAACAUACCGCUGUCCCUGGGGGUGUGUCCCUUGGGGCCUGUGCCUCUCACCAAGGAGCAGCUCUACCAGCAGGCGAUGGAGGAGGCUGCCUGGCACCACAUGCCCCACCCCUCUGACUCGGAGCGGAUCAGACAGUACCUCCCCCGGAACCCCUGCCCGACGCCCCCCUACCACCACCAGAUGCCACCCCCGCACUCGGACACCGUGGAAUUCUACCAGCGCCUGUCCACCGAGACGCUCUUCUUCAUCUUCUACUAUCUGGAGGGCACUAAGGCACAGUACCUGGCAGCUAAGGCCCUGAAGAAACAGUCGUGGCGAUUCCACACCAAGUACAUGAUGUGGUUCCAGAGACACGAGGAGCCCAAGACCAUCACCGACGAGUUCGAGCAGGGCACCUACAUCUACUUUGACUACGAGAAGUGGGGCCAGCGGAAGAAGGAAGGCUUCACCUUUGAGUACCGAUACCUGGAGGACCGGGACCUCCAGUGACACCAGCCCCUCCCUCCAUCCUCCCUCUCCCCCCCGCAUGCUGAUCCCCUGCCCAGGUGAGGGCCCUGCCCUGGAAGACAGGGGAGGCCCCAGGCUACGGGGCAGCCCCCUCCCCCAGGAAGCAAGAAGGGGGCCCAGAGGUUCUCUUCCUCUCAGCCCCGGCCUGGGGGCCUGGGGGUGAGGGCUGCCCCCUCCUCCCCUCCCCAGUGAGGGACAUUUUUUGGUAA